CCAUCUCUCUUCAGCGCUGUCUAUCUCCUCAACGUAGGCUACUAUUCUCGGCGAGAGAGAAAGGGAGAAAAUAAUAACCUCCAAGAAUUGGUUAUUCCUGUCCUUCACCUUCCUCGACCAGCGGCCAGGAGGGGAGCGGCCUUCGCGGUGGGAAUGUGCUGCCACAACGAGCCCGUGUCCUAUUUUUUUUUUUUUGUGAAUGUAAAUGCACAUGCAGUGCCCAGCCCGUAGCCCGUUCACCCACCUCGGAUUCAGGAGGAAUAUACAUGUAUAAAUGGCAUGUUUGGAUGGCAGCGUGUCUGUGCGCGCAGGCCGUGUGUAGGCUAUAAGAACCGAGUCUUGACAGCGGGGGUAGCUCUUUUUCACCUGCGAGGAACGUGGAUACAGUUUUUUUUUUUUUUCACAUCUUGGUCACGUUUUCCCUUUUUCUUUUGCAUUUUUUCCCCUGUCUUGUGUUUUGGAGGAAUUCACCCGAGCCUGAGCUGGGGAUUUUUUUUUUUAUUAUUAUUAUUAUUAUUAUUUUUUUAAGUCUAUCGGUGCGCAGUUUUUUGGAGGCUCGGUGGUGAUGUGAGGGGCUGAUAACACAUUUGAGCAACAAAAGCGAGGGGCAGAGAGAGAGAGAGAGAGAGGGAGAGAGAGAGAGAGAGAGAGAGAGAGAGAGAGAGAGAGAAGGCCCUUUGGAGGAGAAAACACAGCAAAGGAACAGCCAUCACUAAUAAGGAGGACAAAUCGGGGGGGAUACUGGAUCGUUUCGGAGUUGGAGGAGGUGGUGGGGGAUCCGGGCGUGAAGACAGCCGCAGUGAGUUCGGAGCUGCCUCGGCUCGAUUUGAUGCGGAAAAAUGAGACGGAAGCAGUGAGAAUAUCACACAUGUAGCUCGUUUGGGGGUGUAAAUAUUAUUUUCCCUUUCCAGCUGUCCUGCCCGGUCCCCGACGAAGACGGCAGCCGUCGGGGGGAGGACAGAGAAAUAGAUAGAGAGCACAAAUAUACACCCAUGGGAGUGUUUAUCAUGAAAGGCGACGUGGAAACGAGCCGCGCCACAGCGAGGGCGAGCUUCUCGGACACGCCGAGCUCGGCUCCUUGUCACGGGCAGCAGUGAGACGCAAGACCCGGGCUUUUGGAGAUGCAAAUUUGGGCUGUGCGCUCUGCCUCCGUUUUGAGGUGAAAUCACGCUUUUCGGCGUCGUAUAAGGCCCGUGUUGUGGAUUUACUGGGAGAAAGGGGAGAGCGUGGAAUUGAAACGUAACACAAAAAGACAAGUGAAGCGCAUGUGAAGGAGGAAAAAAAAAGAAAAGAAAAAAGAGAAAGAAGCCCGAGCAGGAUUGAGCUAACUGAGAAGGCGGCCUCCGUGUCGUCAGCUACAGUAUCCUGCCCUUUCUCUGACGGCUAAAUGCGCGUUAUGGACACUUAAUUUCCACACAGCUUCGCCGUGGACAGUUUUCGGAAGCAGGCCCGGGACGUUACGCGGUGUAAAUGUGGGUAACAUUGUUGCCAAAUCCGCGGGUCAAACGAGGGAUCUAGACUGGUUUAUUUAUUUAUUUUUCUUUCUAGCCCCCCCUCCCUCCUUCUCCACCAACACCACCUCCACUACUUCUUCUUCUUCUUCUUCUUCUUACACCACCACCACCACCUCCUCCUCUUCCUCCACCUCCUCCUCCUCCUCCCCUGGACCCCCUUUUUUCUUUUUUCUUGCGGGAAGAUGGGUUGUUUGGGCAACAGUAAGACUGAAGACCAGAGAAAUGAGGAGAAGGCACAAAGAGAAGCAAACAAAAAGAUAGAGAAGCAGCUCCAGAAAGACAAGCAGAUAUACAGAGCCACACACAGACUACUACUUUUAGGAGCUGGAGAGUCGGGAAAGAGCACCAUCGUGAAACAGAUGAGGAUCCUACAUGUCAACGGCUUCAAUGCAGAAGAAAAGAAGCAGAAAAUUCAGGACAUCAAGAAUAAUAUUAAAGAGGCCAUUGAGACCAUAGUAACAGCUAUGAGCACCCUGACACCACCGGUGCAGUUGGCAUGUCCACAGAACCAGUACCGGAUCGAAUACAUCCUCAACCUCGUCAACCAGAAGGACUUCGAGUUUCCAUUUGAGUUUUACGAACAUGCCAAGACACUGUGGCAGGACGAAGGGGUCCGGGCGUGCUACGAGAGAUCCAACGAGUACCAGCUAAUCGACUGCGCACAAUACUUUCUAGACAAGAUUGACAUUGUGAAACAGAGCGACUACACUCCAACAGAUCAGGACUUGCUGCGGUGCCGAGUACUGACUUCAGGGAUCUUUGAGACGAGAUUCCAAGUGGACAAAGUUAAUUUCCAUAUGUUCGAUGUCGGCGGUCAACGAGAUGAACGUCGGAAAUGGAUUCAGUGCUUUAAUGAUGUAACGGCCAUCAUCUUCGUGGUGGCCAGUAGCAGUUACAACAUGGUGAUCCGAGAGGACAAUCAGACCAACCGUUUACAGGAGGCCCUCAACCUCUUCAAGAACAUCUGGAACAACAGGUGGCUGCGGACCAUUUCUGUCAUCUUGUUUCUAAAUAAACAGGACCUGCUAGCAGAGAAGGUGCUGGCAGGGAAGUCCAAAAUCGAGGAGUACUUCCCCGAAUUUGCUCGCUACACCACGCCAGACGACGCGACACCAGAGCCCGGAGAGGAUCCACGUGUUACGAGGGCGAAGUACUUCAUAAGAGAUGAGUUCCUGAGGAUCAGCACAGCGAGCGGAGACGGGAGGCACUACUGUUACCCCCACUUCACCUGCGCCGUGGACACGGAAAACAUCCGCCGCGUCUUUAACGACUGUCGAGACAUCAUCCAGCGGAUGCACCUGCGGCAGUACGAGCUGUUGUGAUGGGAGAGGAAAAAGGCGUUCGGCCAAAAACAGAAGAAGAAAAAAAAAAAGAAACAACGAAUCGGACUAUGGAGAAUAAAAGAAAAAAAAAGACGUCUCUGAACUCCCCUCUUCUACAGAAGUGUGUGAGCUCUUGUGACAGGGUUGGGGGGGGGUGAGUGAGGUGGGGGUGGGGGUGGGGGUGGGGAGGGGGUAAAACACACACUUUAAGAGCAAACGCACCCCAAACCCAGAACAGAACUGCCCCUGAUGCAAACUCCCUACCUGAUGUAGAAAGAGCUAUUUUGAUGGAAGGGUUUGAGGGGCUAUACCCUGAAAACAGACUCUGAUCUCCACCUUCAGCCAUACUCCUCUCCUGCUCCUCACCUUCACACAUCAUAUAUUGUCCCCAUUGACCUUUCUGGAAAAAAAAUAAAAUAAAAAAAACCUCGAGUGGCCCAGUCUGGACGGAGUUUCCUGCGACGUGGGAGGAGGAUUUUUGAGCUGCAGUUGAGAUUGUGUGAUCCCCCCUUACCCUCCUUCCCCUUCCCCCUCCUUUGAUUGUUGCACCGGGAUGAAAACUGAAUUGAAUUGUUGCAAAUACAGAAUAAAUAGAUCAGCUGUAUCUAAAAAAAAAAACGCACCCCAGCUGUGCUCAGGAGUUGAACCAUGUACACCGAACCCUUCCUUCCUGUCACUUAUCUUUAAAUCCAACCACAGACUCUGCUUGCACACGGAAACGUUUCACACCUGCUUUGUUACUGGACUGCACAAAAAGGAGGUGGGGGCGGGGGGCGGACACCCAGAAGCGUCCUCUGAUCCACGAGUGUCGGGCUCGUCCUGGUGCCGGGGUGAUUUACCUGGAGCGGCGGUCGGAGGAGUCGGCGAGAGAGACUUGCUAGGAAGGAGACUCUGAUUUAAAUCUCCCCCACCCUCCCCUCCCCAUAACCCCCCCCCCUCCCUCCCUCCUCGAUCCGAUGGAGCUCGGGACGCGUUCGACAGGAGGGACGACUUCUCCACAGAACUGUUUUGCCGCCCUGACUUUGCCUCGUUUGGUAGUGGAAGCAAAAUGUGAGGAGGAUAUAUCGAGUUUAAAACUACGAGAAGAGGAAAAAAAAUAAAAAAUGGAGAAAAAAAAAGAAAGAAACAAAAAUGAAAACUUUUAUGGAACUCAAACGGAGGGCGAAAAGCAUCCUUCUCACAGUACAGUACCAUAUAAGUUAAAGAGAACUCUCAUCCUGUUUUACUGUCUCCACAGCUGUUUUUGUCUGUGUAGACCUUUGUGCCAUUGUGCCCUGUGCGCUCUCUUUCUUUACUCUGUCUCUCCUCUUUUUUUUUUUUUUUUUGCAAGUUUUACUCACUGUCCAUCAUCACUUCCUCCUCCUCCUCCUCCUCCUUUUCCUCCCCCCUCCCUCUCUAUCUAUCUAGCUAUCUCUCAUUUUUCUUCUUCCUCUUCUUCUUCUUCUUGCCCCUCUGCUGCCUUCCCACCUGCUCCUCUCUUCCAUCCUGGCCCCUUUUCCUCAAAGAGAAAAUAAAAAUAUCGUAAUCUGCAAAUAUAUUAAAAAAAAAAAGAAAAAAGGUGAUAAUAACAAAUGGGAUUUUUUUUUUAAACUCAUGUGAUCCCUGCCAUUCCUCCUCCUCCUCCUCCUCCUCCUCCAUCAUUCCUCCACCUCUCCUCCCUGACCUCCUCCCGCUCCUUCUCCUCCGUACGUCUGUCUUUACUUUACUGCUGAACUAUUAUUCUUGUACAGACUGUAAAAUGUAUUAUUUUGUACAACUUUAUUGAAAAAGAAAAAACUUUUAGAAGAUCCCUGUGCCUUGAUCACGACUGUACGUGUGUAAUGAGCUAAAGUGGGUGUCAUACUGCGCUGUAUAGCUUGGCCAAUCCCCUCCUAAAACCCCCCCCAAGCCCCUCGCUUCUCUUUCACUCUUAUCUCUCUUUCUUUACCCCCCCCUCUCUUUCUCUCUAUCUGUCUAUCACUCUCUUUUCUCCGCCCUCACAGACGGCGGACGACCAUUCGUAGCUUUUGUAGUUUUAUUUCUCUCCCCCACAUCCUCCCAUUCUCUCUUCUUUAUGAUUUAAAUGUCUAUUUUUGGAUCCAUAUACCCCCCCACCCCACCCCUCCCCCCCCACCCCCCAAAAGAUAAAUAUAUGAAAUGUAUAUGGGUUUAAAAAAAAAAAAAAGUAUUUUAUUAGAAUCAAAUGACAAAUUGUACACUUGAUAGUGUGCGUAUUGCUAUAACUUAAAUCCUUUCAACUGAAGUGGUGUUCAGGUUUCUUUUGUUUUUUCCUCCGUCUGCAAAGAAUGUUCUGAGGCGUUAACAAAAAAAAAAAAAAAAACAGGAGACGACAGAUGCAAAACAUGGCUUGUUUCUACACAAAUUGUAUUCUUUUGCUAAAAAACAAAACAAAAAAAAAAGGCCAAAAAAUGAGAAUUUUAGGUGAUUUUUGUGAUGGAGAGGGGAGGGGUCCUCCUGCCCAGCCUUGCACAGCAGAGGCGGUCUGUACAGUAUUAGCAUCUCUCUCUCAUUUCAGUGCCCUCGUCUUCAUUUAAUGUGUACAUCAAAUAUGGGUCUCUACUUUCUGAACAGGAGCUCUAAGAAAUAAAGAUUUUUUUUUUUUUUUGGUGCAGA